AUGGUGCAUUUGGCAGCAGAAAGCAAGACGGCGAAUCAUGUGGCCUGGACCCGUGUUGCACGCCUGCGCAGCCAAAUGGAAAUGCACGGAAUCGAAGCUGCUGUGUGUACAAAGCCCGAAAGUACCUUUUACCUAUCAGGCUUCAAUCCAAUUAUCUAUUCGCACCCCGUAAUAGUGAUUGUGACCCCCCAUCAUGAACCUAUCUUGCUAGUGUUUGUGAUCCGCGGCGAACAUGCUCAGGCUAGCGCCUGGACGUCAAGCAUUCGACUCUUUGGGAGUUGGUCCAACAUCAAAACCACGGCUGCUACCUGGCAAGAGGCCUUGGGAAUUAUCCUGAAUGAGCUCGGCGUGACUCGGAAGAGGAUCGGUGUCGAGCACGGGUCGAUUUCCGUCACGCAAUACAGGGAAAUUGCCGAAACCGCUCCAGAAGCCGACCUAGUGAAUAUAAGCCCCUGUAUUGACCUCUGUCGGCAGAUCAAGGAUGUCGAUGAAGUCGACAAUGCUCGAGUUGCUGCCCGGAUUGCGGAUGUCGGCAUGGAGGCAGCUGUGGCCGCCCUGCGUCAGAAGGGCGCAACUGAACGGGAUGUGGCCAUUGCCUCGAUGCAGGCCAUGAAUGAAUACUGGGCCACCAACUACCCUGAAGUUGAAAUCGCAGACUUUGGUUCCCCCGAAGGGGGCAACCACAAUGGACUGACCACCUGGGUCUUGUCCGGCCCACGAAAGUCCUACGCCUGCGACAACCCCACCCCGCGAGCUCCAAAACCGGGCGAGACAGUCUCGGUAUUCAUCUGGACAGUAUCCAACGGAAUACAUGCGGAGUUGGAACGGACGGUGUGCAUUGGGCCGGCGUCGCUGACAGAAAAGGCGGCAAUCAAGAGCGUGCUGGAGAUCCGCGAGGAAAUCGAAGCUCACCUGCGGCCCGGAAUUCCCGUCAAAGCUCUAUAUGAAACAGCUAGGAAUGGCUAUAUAUCCCGAGGGUACUCACAGUGUCUCCCGGGGCGUAUUGGGCAUUCUAUAGGGCUUGGCUCUCAUGAGAGUGUUUCGAUCAACGGAAGUUCGGACCUGAUCUUGACCGCUGGAAUGGUCCUCACGUUGGAACCUCAUAUCCACAUCUUUGGGGUUUGUGGAACCCAGUUCUCAGAUACUCUCCUGAUCACUGAGGCGGGGUUUGAGUAUCUAACGCAUUUUCCUCGCCAAUACCUAGAGGUUCAAUGA